UGGGGCCGGGCACGCCGAGCCCCAUAUCAGCGGCCUCCUCAGGAGGUUCGGGGCUGUUCCUGCGAAGAAUGAAGACGCCUCGUGAAGAUGCCAAGAAGAGAAGGCCUCCAGUGAGCGGACUGCCAGCAGCCACCUGGCUGGGUCACGCUGCAGUAGCUAAGAGACACGUGUGUGUUAGCUCGGGCAGGUCGGUGGUCACCACCCUGUGUGUAGAGUAAGAGUAACUGUUGAGUGACCGUUGUGUUCAUUAAUAAAAUGAGUGUUGCCUCCCAAGAAGUGUGUGCGGCUAAAUUGAAACCGUUACACAGGCACUAGGAUCUGCCUGUGGAGCCCAAGCGGUCAUCGCACAGUUGACAAAUAAGCAUGGAGUGCUGGCACAACGUGAAUGCGAUUUGUGGUCGGUGUGCGCGUUUCGCGGGGAGUGGUAGCGCAGUGGAUAGCGCACUGCGUUAUGAACCCGGCGACCCGAGUUCAAUUCCCGCUCACGACCAAUAUCAGUGGCGAUUAUUUGAUCCGGUCCUGGGCCUCCCCUAGGUCGACUCAGCCUGAAAUGAGUACCUGGUGCGGUGUGUAAACAUCGCCACUGGGGAGACAAAGGCGGUCGGGCGUUGUGCUGGCCACCCACCCCCUCGUGUACCGUUCCGGCCUUCAUAGGUGCUCGCUAACAGCACUUGCCCCUACAGUCUGUUAAGGCUAUACGGGGGUCUUUGUACACAUCAAUCUAAUGCAGUGGUUCUUAACUUUUCCUGCAGCCUUGCACCCCUUUGGUUCGCAAUCAUAAAAAAAAAACUUUACCGAAAGAACCAAGAAGAAGAAAAAAAAAUGUCUGUUAGUAAAUACAUAGGAUUCGAUUAAACAAUGUAGUUGUUCUUACGUGCCCAUGCUUAAUUUGUUUUUUCGAUGACUUACCUUCUAAAAAAAUCUGCUUAUGUCUUGCACUCCCAGAAAGGGGAAUUUCGCACCCCCAGGGGGUGCGUGCACCCCAGGUUAAGAACCACUGAUCUAAUCAAUGUCCAAAACAUAAGAGGGAGACUUCCUCAAUGGACUGGCCAGCUUGCCAGCUCUGGGGCUUGCCUGCGCACGCCCACGGUCAGUUCCAAGUAGUGACGCAAGGCACCAGAAUUUCAUCAUUGCCGAGAAACGCAUUCGCACCGCUCACAUGAGCCGUGCCAGCCACUGGGUGACGAAGAAGCCAGCGUGGGCUGGCUGCUUGCGUACAUCUGUUGCAUGUAGGGACCGUGUUUACCGGGACACUCCCGGUGGUUUUAAAUGACCUUUGAUACGUGGAAGAUCUCGUAACGCGAACGCUCCGUGCGAUUGGCGGUGUUAUCCCCCCCGCUGGAAGGGUGACGACUGACAGCCCCUAUGGAUACAACACAGGCAGCUGAGAGUGCUGGAAAGGGGAAUGUUUUUACGUAUUCAUCAAAUAUUCAGGCAAUUGUGAUGCGUUUUUACCUUCAAAAGCAAUACGUUUGAUUGGUUUUGGUAACUUACCGAUAAGAAAGGAGGGGAAACAACAACUCGAUGGACGUUUCGGCCGGCCGGCCUUCUUCAGAAAACAUGUCGGUCUUCCUUUACAAGAAGCUGCCCCUCGACACGUUUCUCUUCGAGUUCGACAACCUCGAGUGGGCGUACGGAAGGAACAGCUGCUACAUUUGCUUCAAGCUCAAACCCAUCCUCGCCACCAGCACCACCGGCACCACAGAAUCCGAGCUCUGGGGCUACGUCACUAACAAGGGGGAGGUCGCCGACGGCAUCCCACGCGAGAGCCCGGAGAAGCGCGGCAUGCACGCCGAGGAGCUGCUGCUGGACGAGAUGACACGCCACGUCCGCGAGCACGGCGGCGUGGGCUUCUGCGUCGAGUGGUUCGCGUCGUGGAGCCCCUGCGACCGCUGCUCGGGGGUGCUGCUCCGAUGGCUGCGCGACGUCGGCGGCGGCCGACACCGGCUCCGCGUCUGGUUCUCCCGAAUCUACCGCGGAAACGUCGGGCCCGUGCGGGCCGGGCUGCGUCACCUAUGCCGCGCGGGGGUGCAGCUCGGCGUGAUGGACAGGAGGCGGCACGAUAACUGCGUGCACAUCCUGGUGGACGCGGCGCAGAGCGAAACAACGCCGCUGUGGCUCGUGCAGUGGCACAGUAACGUCCCCCGCGUCCAACGGGAAUUCGACAAGAUCAUGGACGAGAAGGACGACAACGGGAGUGAUAACUCAGACCCCGGGAAGCUGUCGGAGACCACCAGCGGCGGGCACGAGAGUUGGCAUGACGAUGAUUGGCACCUGCCGCUUGAGGAUCUGACGGGGGUCGUGGAGUGCACGCCCAGCAAGCAAGGACCUCCCGAAGCCACGGCCGCCCCCACGCUGCCCAGGAAACGACAACAAGAAGACCCCAUGGAUGCCUUGACGGCCAAGAGGGCCCUCUUUUAAAUUUUGUACCUCGUCAUGCAUAUACUUGAUCAGGUGCGGCACCGCUACAUUUGCUAAACGUAUGUAUGGCAUCGUUUUUAAUGUUGUGUAUGUAAAAAGAAACCAAGUCCAAUUGUUCAUAAUCAAGGUUUUUGGGUCAGAUCGCGUUAUUUAUAAAUGUGUCGUAACCCUCCACCACCCGACACGGCCAAACAGUAAAAAAUGUGUCACGUUUUUCAAAGGACAAAAUAAUUCACUUCUUUAGCCCACUGGUGUGUUGAAGAGAGAAUCAACAGCAUUUUAAAAUUUGAGUACGACGUUUCGCUGAUAAUUACAAUCAGCUUCAUCGGGCAAAAAUGGUGAAGCUCUCCUAUAUUAUGAAUAAUAUUGGUCGCGAAAGCCUACGUGUUAAAAAGUCCAAUUGUGUUAUAAAUGAUGCUGUCGAAGUUCGUGUCGGGCGAUGAAGAAUUUACGUUGAGAGAUACGCCGCUCGCGGUGUAUCGUAUUCACCGAAUGGCCCCUGAAAGAUGCCGUCACAGGACUACUUUUGAGGUCGCUGCAAUAGACAGUUUAUUGUGUUAUUCACCCUUUUUAUAUGCACGGGAAAGAUUGCUGGUCGCGUGUCUAUCGGACCAACAUUUUAAAUCUUAGAAAUAAUCUAACCCAUUUAAGAGAUAAGAGAUUGGGCUGAUGUGGUACAGGAGGAUUUUUUUUGGGAAGUCAUUAGUUACUGGGUUAAGACCAUCAACUUUCCAUGCUUGAGAACCUGGUUUAAUCACAGAUAGCUUGCCCGGUUUCUCAUCCGGGAGAAGCAAUCGAAUCGGCAACCUUUGGCUUGCAACGUCCAGCCUGCUAACCAUUGCACCACGACAGAGGCUGCUCUGAUACGCGUUUCAUGUGUCCUUGUUCACCAGUUGCCAAUGCAAUUUUUGGUAAAUUUUCUAAAAACACAGCAGCAAUGAAUGCAUUUCAUGCCUCGGAUGUUAAUGGACUCACAUAAUUAAACUGACGAGUGACUGG